UCAAAGAAGUAUUAGAAAUUAAGGAGCUUCUUUGUUGAGUCAAGAUGGAGAAGGUGAUGAGAUUGGCUUCAGAGAAAGGAGUGGUGAUGUUUAGUAAGAGCAGUUGUUGCAUGUGUUAUGCUGUUAAGAUUCUAUUCCAUGAACUUGGGGUGAGUCCUAUGGUUCAUGAGCUCGAUCAAGACCCCGAAGGAAGGGAAAUGGAGAGGGCACUCAUGAGGAUGGGUUGUAGCACGCCUAUACCAGUUGUGUUCAUUGCUGGUGAGUUGGUGGGAUCAACAAAUGAAGUUAUGUCACGUCACCUCAGUGGCACUCUUGUUCCAUUGAUCAAACCAUAUCAAGCUAUGUCUUAAAUGUUACGUUGCUCUGAUACCAUAUUA